GACCACAGGAACAGGUCAAAAACAAUAUCAGCAUCCUUUCAGUUCACAUGUGUCUAUUUUGCUGACUCAUUAAUUUUCAUAGUCAGGUAACCAGCUGUGCAACACAGUGGAGUUCAGUGCAUUCAACAUCUGAUCUACAAGAGAUAAGAAGAAAUGUUCGGCCUGAGGAAUUUCCGUGUUUUCAUCUCAUGCAUUCUCCUUGUCAUCAUCCAGACAGGUCGUGGUUCUGAGAUUAUUGAAGGGAAAGAAGUGAGGCCACACUCGCUGCCCUUCAUGGCUUAUGUGAGAAGUGGCACAGCUUACUGUGGAGGGACAUUAAUCCAUCAACAAUGGGUCCUGACAGCUGCUCACUGCACUGAUAUGAGUCUGGUGAUCCUGGGAGCGCACUCCAUCAGGAAAAAGGAGAAAAACUCUAAGCAGGUCCAACAGGUUGAGAAACGUUUUCCUCAUCCCGACUAUUACAAUGUAACCCAGGGCAACGACCUCAUGUUGCUCAAGCUUAAAGAACCAGUGAAGAAAACCAAGACAGUGAAUUGGCUCAAGUUUGGCAAAGCUGUCAGAGACCCUGCAGCUGGCACCAAGUGUCUGGUGGCUGGAUGGGGACGGACCGAAAAAAAGCGAAAAUCAGACGUCCUCAGGUCUGUCAAUGUGACUGUGGUCGACAGAGAGAAGUGCAACUCUCGUGAUUAUUACAACCACAGACCUGUUAUCACUGCUGACAUGAUCUGUGCUGGUUCAGAUGGUUUAAACCAGGCUGAUACCUGUCAGGGGGAUUCAGGAGGGCCGCUGCUGUGCAAUGGAGAGCUGGUUGGAGUCACUUCUUUUGGACGGGGUUGUGGCAUCAUUGAUAAACCUGGAGUCUAUUCAUUUGUCUCAAAGAAGCAACUCAAGUGGAUCAAAGAAACAAUGAAGUUGUCUGAAUGAGUCUGCAGGUGUCAGUCCCCAUGAGCUGAGCAAGAUGGGAAUCUUUGAUGCUUUGCACUGUCACUGUAGACCUCUUACUUGACCAUUAUUCAUUUUAUCAUUUCAUUGUGUCUCUUAUAUUUUAUGAUAUUAUAUUUUCUGCUAGCUUGCUUUAAUGUUUACAGACUGCACAUAUAUGAUUGCAGCUCACUCAUAAAGGUGGCACAUACAUUAAUAGGACUGACCCCCUAAACACAUAUUUAAUCUUUCUUUAUUUGUGGAUUACUGUUUGGCAUUUUGGCUGCUGUCACUUCAGGUCAUACAUAAAUGUGGAUAUCCCUAAAAACACACACACUUCCUGAACCAACCUGCCAGUUCUUUCCUAUUUGUAAAAAUGUGUUAUUUUUAAUCAGGUAUAUCAGUGCUCCUGUCUGCUGCAGAUGCCACUGUUGCAAUAAAACCAAGGAAAACUGAUUUUUGUUCUUGUUGUUGUUUCUUAUACACAAAACUCAUGAAAGUAAAAGAUC